UAAAUUAGAUAAGUUAGUUAAUGUUUUAGUUGACAUCAACUAAAUACUCAUCUAAGUUAUAAGAUACAUUUAUCUAACUAUUCAACAGUUUGACUGAAUGCACUCUACACUCCCAAACGCUCCCUUUUAAAAUCAACUCCCUUUUAAAAUCAACUGAUAAACGUGACCAGACACGUGACAAUAAUUUAACUGGAAUACCGGUAUGGGAUUCCUGUGUUCCGGUACAGUUCCCGCCAGACAACCAUGAAACAAAUCCGAGAAACAUGCCGUCAAAUUCAAAGCGAAAAUACUGUGAACACUGCAAAGAGUUUGUUUCCUUGAGGACAUUCAGACAACAUGUAGAUUUAUAUUUCAACAAAAAGGAGAAUAAGUGGGAAAUAUGCGGUGAAUCUUCCGAAGAAGAACAUACCGAUAGUGAUACCAGCUUGAGUAUAAAUGGGGACAACAGUAUAGAUUUUGAAGCGACUUCGAGUUGUGAAGAUCGAAAUCCUCAAGGUGUCAACAUUGCAGAAUUAGAAACGGAAGAUCGAAACUUUGUUGGUCUUUCUGAGGGAGAGAGUGAUGAUGAAUUUAUAUAUCACGAAAGGAGACCAGAGCUACAGGAAGUAUGGGACCUGAACGACAUAGACGUUGACUGUGAUUUCAGGGUCAGUAAAAACCUGUAUUCAGUGGUUGUUAAUGUUUUGGGUACAUUGGAUAAAGUAAAAGGUCUUGUUYAUUGGCUGCUACUAUUCGUAUGUYUAUGGUCUUCAUUUYGUAGUCUCUCAGAUAAUGCAAUUGAUAUUCUAUUGAGYUUCUUGAAAACUUUCUUUGAAGCACUGGGAUCAACGGUGCCCAUGGUUCCCAUGGUAACAGGCUUGGCUAUGCUGAUUCCAAAGUCAUUGCAUUUGCUYAAGAACAAAUUGGGACUAAAUCAAGAUAAAUUCAUAAAGUUUGUAGYUUGUCCAAAAUGUGAGAAUCUGUAUAAUUUUGAUGAUUGUUACACUCUACAAUUUGGAAAGCAUGUCACAAAGAAAUGCACAUUUGUUGAAUUUCCACACCAUCGCCAGCAAUUCCGUCGAACACAAUGCAAUGAAUCACUYUUGAGAGAGGUACAUUUGAAAGGUGGAAAAACUAGAUUAUAUCCCUACAAAGUGUACUGUUACAAUAGCAUAGUGUCUACUCUGGAACAGUUUUUACAACGACCAAAUUUCAUGACAAAGUUAGAGAGCUGGCGUGAUAGAAAUUUACCAAAAUCAUUUCUUGCUGAUGUAUUUGAUGGUAGACUAUGGGAAAGCACAAUAAAACAAGUCGAAUGGCUUAUAUCAAGAGGUCAAAGCAGAAAAAGAAGGCAAAGAAAAGUAAAACCUGUGGACAAGGGAAAGGCAAUCACUGGCAUGUGUCCAAUGAAGYUCAUUUAGAUGUUGAAAAUAMCAGUACUGCAUCAACUCCUGCUAUUAUUACUACUGAAGUUAAUUUUCAAGUUGAGAAUCAGAGAUUGAAUACAAGUACUGCAUCAACAAUUAACACUAGUACUUCUGACUACGAAAAAGAUCCCUUAUAUCUUCAGAUGGUAAAAUAUUUUAAAUACAGACAAAAACUAAGAAAGAUUGAAAAGACCGACUACAGUUUGUUUUUUUGAACUAUAUGUCUUUAUUAAAAAGCUUCCCCCUUUGUUGCUAGUCAAAAUAGUGUUAUUUGUUUGCUUUGGUAUAAAUGUUUAAUUGUUUUGGCAAAAAAAAAGUCUUUUUGGU